AAAAAUUUAUUAAACUCAUACUAUUGAAUAGUUAUUAAUUGUAUUAUACUAAAAUAUGUUGUUUAAAAACAUAAUUAAUUUUGCACGUUUUAUGUAUUUAAAUUUAAUAAAAUUUAUUGUUAGUGUGUAAUUGCAAGAAUUGUGCAGGUACAUUCAGCCGCAAGAUUGCAAAUUAAUACCCCAGAUGCAAGGAUGAUAAAAAUCGAGUGAGUGUUCAGUGUCAAUUUAUAAGAACUGAUGAAUUUCAUGAAGAAACCCGAAAAUAUAUAUUUAUGCCCGAUGGUGAGGGUAAAAUACAUUUAGUUAAAUUAUUUGAUGAUGGAACAAAUGUGGAACCUAGGUUUGAUGCUCAAAAGGAUGUUAUUUUUAACUUGUAUACAAGGAAAAAUCCUGAUGCGCCACAAAUCUUAAUUCCUGAAAAUUUAACAACUAUUCAGAAAUCGUAUUUCGAUUACUCCAAACCGACACGAAUUAUGAGCCAUGGAUGGCAAACUGGUCCAACUGCAGGAUUCAAUGUAAAUAUCAGAAAAGGCUACCUAGCGAAUGGUGAUUUCAACGUGAUCGUGAUCGAUUGGUAUUCAGGAGCAAGUACAAUUAAUUACUUAGCAGCAAGAAAUAGGAUUUUUCCAGUUGCUGAUCGAAUUUUCCAAUUGGUCGAUGUUAUGUUCAAAAAAUCUAAAUUGAAAUUGAAUAAUUUACAUUUGGUAGGACACAGUUUGGGCGGGCAUAUUGUUGGUCUGGUUGGACGACAUAUCGACAAAAAUCUUAAGGAUAAAGUUCACACAAUCAUAGGUCUAGAUCCUGCUUUGCCUCUAUUUUCCCUGGAAAAGGUGGAAGAAAGACUUUCCACAGAUUGUGCCAAAUACGUGGAAGUUAUCCAUACAAAUGGUGGAACACUAUCUUUUGCUAGCCCUUUGGGUCAUGCAGACUUUUAUCCUAACGGAGGUUCUAAGCAACCUGGAUGCGGACUAGAUUUUGCAGGUACUUGUUCUCAUAGUAGAUCACACCAAUUAUUUGUCGAGACAUUCCUGCCUAAGACGUUUGUUUCUUACAAUUGUAAGAGCUAUGAGGAACUGAAGAAUGAUAAAAAGUGCACCGUUAUCAACGAAAUGGUGAAAAUGGGCACGGAAAACGGUCUCAUGUCGAACAGCGGACGAGCAAAAGGAAUCUAUGUUAAUAAGACGAAUAAAGAAAGUCCAUUUUCGCAGACACCUGAUGAAAGCGCAACGGAAAUCGAAAUUUAA